CUACCUGAGUCGAGUAUCUAUCCCCGUUUACGAACAAACACCCCGCACCCUCACAGAUGCGGCGCAUGAAACUAUGUUCGAGAAUUUCGACCAUCUUGUUGUUGCCACUGGUCGGUAUCACUUCCCUCACGAAGGGAACUUCCCAGGGAGGGAGACAUGGCUGGCACAUAGAAAUAACUUGUCGAACGGGUCUCGGGACAUCCGCCACUCCAUUUGGUAUGAAGACGCUACUCCGUAUGUGAACAAAACCGCUCUCGUGGUCGGAGGCGGCGCGAGUGCCCAAGAUAUUACCAGGUUUGUAGCUGAGGUAGCGUCAAAGGUGUAUCAAUCUAUAUCGAAGAAAAGUAUUUACCCACCUGGUGGUGACAUAAUACGGAAAGCACGGCUUUCCCACUUCACUCGCGAUGCGGUCCACUUCGAGGAUGGAUCGUUUGAAACGGAUAUCGAUUCGGUUAUUCUCGCUACCGGCUAUGAGCUGAGGGUGCCUUUUCUCGAAGUGGGCGGCUCGCUCAUUUACGAUCCAACAGUCACGUCACGAAAUACGACCCACAUACACCCACCCCCGCACCUACCUCUCACCUCCAAUGGUCCUUACGUGAGACCGCUUUAUAGACAUACUAUGAGCCUUAGCUCGCAAUUCCCACCUACCGCGUUGUUUGUCUUGUCCUUCGCCCGACAUCCCCCACCACAAGCAACUGCUGUUGCACAGAGUAUAUUUGCAACGCGCCUUAUCGCCAAUCCCGCACUUGUUGAUCCUCACAGGAUCAAGCUUCUAAGGGAACUUGAAGAAUACGAGGAACGGCUGCGUAAUAUUGGUCUUAAUCCCGAUGUAAGCGGCCAUCGGUUGGUUGAUUGGAAUCAUGACUAUCAGGAAAGUAGCAACUUUCAAGAAAGUCUCAUUAAUUUCCUAAUGGAAAGGAACGUUACUCGACUCCCUCUUCGAGGAAGUAAUCAUACAUAUGUAGAAGACUGGCGGAGAAGGAUGGAUACGAAUCCUUCGUUGGUUGUCACCAAUAAAAACUGGCUAGAACUAGAGGCUCGUGGAGAGACCGAGGCGCUUUUACGAGGGAGGGAAAAGGAGGAAGAUUGGAUCGAGCUUUUGGACUGUUUGAGGGCCCUGGAUGGGACGAAACAACCUACUUGCCAGGCAUCAACACCCUUGCAGCCUGCUUACAUCUCAUCUGGUCAUAACAGCUGUGCCGUCGAAAGAAGAUAAUUUCCGGUUGGAAUGGGAUGGUCGUUUUAUUCAAGGUAUUUGUAACCGGCAAUGACGUCAACGGGUUCAGGAUAUAUACACCUCAAUCUGAAAGUCACUAGGUUCACUUAUGCAGUCUUGGGGACAAGUUUCUGUGACGGUGAGAGGUAUCUUGUGUUGGGAAUUCAACAGCUACUUAGGGCGCUUAGAGUGGCUAUGGGCUUAAGGUGGUGUGGCCAGAACUUUAUUCAAUUGCCGUGCCCCACGCGUCUUGAUAAUCGCUUGGAUCGACCUCAACGCGCUAACAUAAACGCCGUGCAUUUUACUCGUUCUACGCCCCCCUCAGUGAAGCUGAGGUGUGAGCGACAUUCUAAUUUGUUAUGAUUUUUACUAACAAAGUCAUGUACGAUACUUCGAUACUUCGCGAUCCAGUCCUUAGCACAGAUUUUGAG